AUGGAAUGGACAGGUUCUAUGGGGUAUAUGUUUGCCAUAAAACAAGUAAAAGAUAUAUAUGUAGCCAAGUCAAUUUCUACUUUGUUGAUGCCCAGCUAUCUUGAAGAACUGCUAUCUUUUGAAGAAACACUGAAUUGCCUGUAUGCUUGGCGUGACCAUCAUUUAAGCCUGAAGGAGACCAUGUUGCCAGCACUUCGUAAAUGUUAUAAAGAUGUUUCCUGCUUCCAGAUCAUGCUUUAUAUUGAGAUUUUUAUCCAACUAGGGGCUGAAUACAGUUUGCCCAUGAAACUCAUUACACAUCACUGGUCUGCUUCCCUGCUGGACGACUGUUAG